AAAUACACCCUCUCUCACUCCACCACCCUUCUGCUCUCUCCCACCACCAAACAAACCAAACCAUGGCUUCCCCAACCCUAAUCACCCCCACCACCUCCACACCAAGACCACUCAUCACCCCCAUCAGGUCCAAACUCUCCAAUCCCACCACCACCGCCACCGCCACCACAACCGCCCCACAGCCCCGCCGCCGCGAGUUCAUAUCUCUGGCCGCCGGCAUUCUCACUCCUACAUUACUCCUUCCGGUCACGUCUGCGUGGGCCACUUCAGAUGAGGAAUACAUAAAGGACACAGAAGAGGUUAUUAGCAAGGUGAGAACCACCAUUAACAUGGAGAAAACUGAUCCUAAUGUGGCCACUGCAGUGGCUGACCUAAGAGAGUCAUCCAAUUCAUGGGUGGCUAAGUACAGGAGAGAGAAGGCUCUGCUCGGCCGGGCUUCGUUCCGCGACAUUUACUCGGCGCUUAAUGCCGUUUCCGGCCAUUAUGUCAGCUUUGGUCCCACGGCGCCGAUACCGGCCAAGCGCAAGGCAAGAAUCUUGGAAGAGAUGGACACAGCUGAGAAGGCUCUGCUGAGGGGUAGAUAAAAAAAAGAGCUACUUUUUUUUUAUGGUAGAUAAUUUUUUGUAUAAUUAAAUUUAAAUAUUUUGAAUUUUAUUUUGCCAUGUAUGAGAUUAAUAGAGAAUGAGGUUCACAUUUUGAA